AUGCCUGCUACCCCCAACAAACAAGUUAUCUUCUCCAAGGUCCCUACCACCUACCCCGUUCCAGGUGAACACAUCACCGUGCAAGACUCCACCAUCGACCUCACUGCUCCUUUGGAGGAAGGCCAGUUCAUUCUCAAGCUUCUCACGCUCUCCGUCGAUCCUUACAUGCGUGGCCGUAUGAGAGACGCCUCCAUCAAGUCGUACUCGCCUGCUUUCCCUCUUGGCAAGCCUAUGACUGGCGACACCAUGAACGUUGUUGUCAAGUCAAACAACGCCAACUUCAAGGAAGGCGAUCUCGUCUACGGCAAGACUGGCUGUGGUAUCUUUGCUGAAUACUCUGUCAUUUCCAAGGGAAUGGAGCCCAUGUUUGAAGUCCGCAACGAGCCCAAGGAAACCGGUUUACCCAUUACCAACUAUGUUGGCGUCCUUGCCAUGCCUGGUAUGACCGCUUACGUUGGCCUUCUCAAGUUCGGUGCUCCCAAGAAGGGGGAGACACUCUACGUCUCUGCUGCUUCCGGUGCCGUUGGUCAAUUGGUCGGCCAGAUUGGUAAGACCUUGGGUCUGCACGUUGUCGGCUCUGCAGGCUCCGAUGACAAGGUCGCUUACCUCAAGGAGAUCGGUUUCGAUGCCGCAUUCAACUACAAGAAGGUUGAUAACUUGACCGAGAAGCUGCGCGAAGUCUGCCCUAACGGAAUCGACAUCUACUUUGAAAAUGUUGGUGGUCAGAUGCUUGAAGCUGUCAUCACCAACUGCAACCAGUUUGGCAGAAUUGUUGCUUGUGGUAUGAUCUCGCAAUACAACCGUGAGAAGCCCGAAGGUAUCCAUAACUUGAUGCAGGUUGUUGCCAAGCGUUUGCGUAUCGAAGGAUUCAUUGUCGGUGACUCCGUGGAGAUGAAGGAGCCUUUCCGCAAGGAUAUGACCAAGUGGUUGUUGGAAGGCAAGAUCAAGUAUCGUGAGACCGUCGCAAACGGCAUUGAACAGACCCCUCAGGCUAUGGUUGAUGUGCUGCGUGGUGACAACUUUGGCAAGCAAGUUGUCAAGGUUGCCGAUCUGUAAAUUGAUACCUUUUUAUUGUAAUGAUAGUAUCCAUUCUACAUAAUGGAUUGUAUAGCGAAAAAAAACCUAUUCGGUAGCGUUUGUGCAGACUAGUAUUUGUUUAUCAAAAAUUCCUUUCAAG